CCAUAACCUCAUUUAAAUUAAAAAAUAAACAAAACGGCGUGUAAAAGUGAGGUUUGCUUAAAAUAAUUUGAUUGGGUUUUUUAGUAUAAAAUGCCUAAAAUUAAAGCGGAAAAGAAAAGCAGGGUGCACAAUGAGGUCGCUAAACAAGGUAUUAUGUUUAACAAAGACUAUGGUCAGCACAUCCUGAAAAACCCAAUGGUAAUAACCUCGAUGAUUGAAAAAUCAGCACUGAGACCAACAGACACUGUACUGGAAAUCGGUCCUGGUACAGGCAACAUGACAGUUCGCCUCUUAGAAAACGUAAAGAAAGUAGUCGCUUGUGAAAUUGAUAACCGUUUGGUGGCAGAAUUACAAAAGAGAGUCCAAGGCACCCACUUACAGUCCAAACUACAAAUAGAAAUCGGCGAUGUACUCAAAAAGGAGCUGCCAUUUUUUAAUGUUUGUGUUGCCAAUGUACCCUACCAGAUUUCCUCGCCGUUGGUGUUUAAGUUACUGUUGCACAGGCCGUUUUUUAGAUGCGCCGUGCUGAUGUUUCAACGCGAGUUCGCACAACGUUUAGUAGCCAAACCGGGGGAUAAAUUGUAUUGUCGGCUUAGUGUUAAUACACAGCUGUUGGCUAGGGUUGAUAUGCUCAUGAAGGUAGGAAAAAAUAAUUUUAGACCUCCACCAAAAGUAGAAUCAUCAGUAGUGAGGAUAGAGCCUAGAAAUCCACCUCCUCCCAUCCCAUAUACAGAGUGGGACGGACUAACCAGGAUAGCUUUCACAAGAAAAAAUAAAACUUUGGGUAGUGCAUUUAAACAGACCUCAGUACUGGCCACUUUGGAUAAGAAUUUUAAGUUGCAUUGCAGUUUGCAUAAUAAGGAUAUACCUGCAGAUUUUAAUAUUAAGGAGAAAAUUGAGGAGAUAUUGGUGAAGGCAGAGUCGGCUGAAAAAAGGGCGAGGACGAUGGACUUGGAUGACUUUAUGACGUUGUUACAUGCAUUUAACAGUGAAGGAAUCCAUUUUUCAUAGUAAGAAGUCCUGUUAUUUUGUAAAUAAAUAUUUAUAUAUAUUUUUUUUAA